UUGUCCUCAAAAGAUCAAGGAGACGACCUCCUUUCUCUUUACAUGCAUGCAGCAUGAAGUACAAAGGCAGAUACAAAUGUACGGAUUGGAGAGCUGACCCUUUGUGAGAGCAGAAUAUAUAAGCAAACGCGAAAGACGGAAUCUCUGCACGAUUCGUAGGCCAAAUGUCUAUUACAUCCUCACAUCAGCGGAAUCUACAUCGCUUUAAACAUGCCAUCUUUCCAAGCCAAAUCUUCAACCGUCGCCUUCGAUGCGCUUGCAAUGGCAGAUGUCUUCGACGAUGGCAGCAUCGAAAAAGCCCUGCAGUCUACUCUACAGUUGGCUAGGACUCGAGCUCGAGAAGUUCUUCAACAAAGAUUACCUGCGCAUCUCCAGAAGCUCGACCAGCUUCUGCUGGAAUCGGAGAAGAACAACUCGCCCCUCUGGCUUGGAAACCUCGAGAGGGGCAUGUUUCAAGCCGAGAACGUGAUCUUGACAAGCGUCAACGAUGGGAACCAGCAAGGCGCAGAUCCCGACUCUCCCGAAGGUACAACCACCGUUCACAAUCUCGGACAUGUGAUGAUCAAGCGGAAUGGUGUCAAGGAGGCCGAAGACGAAGACGAGCCCGACGACACGCGCUCCUGGCUUGGAGGUCUGGACAGCAACGAGAUCUGCCUUGACAUCAUGCGGAUCCUCGAAAGCAUGGUGCUCUACAUGGAUCUGAAACGCUGGAUCGCGCUUGAAGUACCUAAGGUGGAGGAUGGGAACAACUUUGGUGUCGAGGUCCAGCAACACGUGCUGGACAAGAUCUCCAACUCCUAUCGCGCCUGCCAGAGGCUGCAUAGUGUCCCUCGCACUCAUUACAGGGAUAGGAUGGAGCUCGGUCGUACCUGGAACCGGUUCCCUAACCUGAAAGAUCACGCUCCCGCAAUCGCUACGUCUGACCGUGAAGACUUUUUCCUCGCCCUUCAAGGUAUCAAGGAUCUGCGUGACGGCGCAGCAGAGUUGCUGCAUACCAUCAAGGAGAAUUGGGCCAAGAUCUACGAUCCCAAGAACGCCACUGCUGGAGUUGGUACGUCGAUGGCGGGCAUGUACUAG